AUGUGCUUUGCAAUUCCUGCUGCUGGGCGCAUUCACGUGGAUCCGGAACGUUUGCGUGGAGGCAGCUAUGAGCACAAGGAGCUGGAGUCCUCCCAUGAUCCUGAGUGGCUCAGAAAGGUUUGCGUUCAGCUCCAAGAGCGGCGGUUUGCAGUGCUGCAGCUGCCAUGGCAGAUCGAGCAGCUCUACGAAGCUUUGCUGGAUCCACGUGCCUACCCACCAUUGGUUGCCGAGGGAGAUCUCGCAAGGCAGCGCUCUAAGGAAGCAUCAACCAAUGCCGCGCUCCUUCCAGAGGAUUUCAACAACUUCGCAGCCCAGUGGGCCAAAGUGUGCGAGACAAUCUGCCAGACUGUGACCUGCGAGCUCCUUCGACAAUUGAAGCCAGGCUUUGAUGGCAAAGGGCAGCACCAAUCGCGUGGAAUGCUCAGGGUGUCCUACAACUCCACUGCAGGCCACCACUAUGACAAUUCCUUCGUCACCUUUAUGGGCGCCGGAAAUGUACGGGGAGCGUUGCAAUUCAGCGGCAUCUCACCUCGCCCGCUCGGUUGUGAUCAGGCCGACGCUUUGGACGAGUUCGUUCCAUGCGAGGAUUUCAUGUCCGAGGCAGAGCGAGACGAUGCAGGCAUCUGCUUCUUGCUGUUUCUCGGAGUUCGAGUUGCCAGCCCGCUGGAUUCGUUGUAUCGACCUCUGCUACACCGCGUGGAGUACGCGGAGCCCGUCGCCAAGCGCAUCAACGCCAUAUACUUUCUCAGGGACUACUCUAUGGGCGAAGUCCCUGCUGACUCCACUCACUUGGAGAUCCAUGCGUUCAACAACACCAUUGU